UUGUUCUUGAUUCUGCCGGAUGUUGUUAGCAAUAGUUAUAAACCGUUUAAUGCAAGAUUUGGUAUAAUCUCUCACCGGCCGCUCAUUGUCAUGGCUUCCACUGUUCCCAUCAAGAUUGGUAUAAUUGGGGGUUCGGGACUUGAUGAUCCAGACAUCUUGGAGGGAAGGACUGAGCUUUAUGUUGAUACACCGUAUGGAAAGCCGUCUGAUGCUCUGAUACUGGGGAAAAUAAAAAAUGUGGAGUGUGUGCUCCUUGCGAGACAUGGAAGGCAACACACCAUAAUGCCAUCCAAUGUGAAUUUCCGGGCCAACAUUUGGGCACUGAGAGAACAGGGCUGCACACACCUGCUGGUUACCACGGCAUGUGGCUCACUUCGGGAGGAGAUUCAGCCAGGAGACAUUGUAAUCAUUGAUCAGUUCAUUGACAGGACUACUAAGAGAGCUCAGACACUGUAUGACGGACAGCCCACCAGUCCUGCAGGCGUGUGUCACAUCCCCAUGGCUGAGCCUUUCUGUAACAGAACUAGAGAGGUCUUGGUGGAGGUGGCGAGGAGUUUGGGCGUCAAGUGCCACGUGCGAGGGACCAUGAUGACGAUCGAGGGGCCCCGCUUCUCCUCCAGGGCAGAGAGCCUGAUGUUUCGCCAGUGGGGCGCUGAUGUCAUCAACAUGACGACCGUGCCUGAGGUAGUCCUCGCCAAAGAGGCUGGCAUUUGCUAUGCCAGCAUCGCCAUGGCGACGGACUAUGACUGUUGGAAGGAACAUGAGGAGGCGGUCUGUGUUGACAACGUACUGAAGACGAUGAAGGAGAACGCUAACAAAGCCAGCAGUAUCCUGCUAACUGCAAUACCGCAGAUUAGUCAGAUGGACUGGGCUCAGACAAUAAAGACUUUGAAAUCGAUGGCACAGUCUUCCGUAAUGUUACCAAAACAUUAAAGGGCGUAGAAAACAAAUAAGUGGAAAGGGUUAAAAAAGAAAAAAAGAAAUCAGACACCACCUGCACUGACUCCAACCCCCGGACAACAGACUGAACUCUGCCUGUGGAUUCUUCAUCAUUGAAUCACAAGAAAGUGCCUCGCACGACUCAUGCAUGUGCUGUGUCUUUAGCUGGAGAUGGCGUGUUUGUUUUUUGUUUUUCUCUACUCAAAAUAAACUGCUCUUCAUACUCA